AUGGUUCCUGCAGCCAAAGCCAACCUUGUUAAAGCUGGGAUGGAAGACUUAGGCUUUACUGUACUGGAGGAGCAUGUGGAGCGGAUGAGAAUGAGAAUGAGAUCUCCAACUGAACUGCAUUCACAUGGUCACCUGCAGAUUCAAAUUGCCCCUAAAAAGGAAGCUACUGAUUCUUAUCAAGCUUACAAUGGAGUCCUGACUGCAGAUUAUUCCAAUGGUGGAUAUCUGCAAAUGAUCCGUGAAAGUGGCCGAGGUUUUCGUUCCGGCAGCGGUGGCGCUGCAAAACCUCGUGGUAUAAUUUUUAACGUAAAACUCUUCGGAGCUAAGCCUGAUGGCAGGAAGGACAAUACCCAGGCAUUUAUGAGAACAUGGGUUGCAGCAUGCAAUUCGAAGGAUCAGGCAAGAGUUUUGAUCCCAGAGGGGAUAUAUCGAAUUGGGCCGGUGAUAUUUCAAGGUCCAUGCAACAGCCCAGAUCCCAUAAUUGUUCAAGUGAAGGGAACAGUGAAAGCAACAGACGAUAUCAGUGAAUAUCCAUCUCCUGAAUGGGUCUCGUUUGAAAAAUUAGAUGGCGUGAUUCUUACGGGAGGAGGGACAUUCGAUGGCCAAGGCCAAGCCGUCUGGCAAUACAACGACUGCAGUAGCAACGCCUACUGCCAGCUUCUUCCCACGUCUAUCAAAUUAAGCUCAGUGAGCAAUGCAAUCAUUCGGCGGAUCAAGUCCAUCAACAGCAAAUCGUUCCACAUCGGGAUUACGAAUGGCAAAAACAUCAAGGUGCGCAGCGUCGACAUCGUUGCCCCUGAAGAUAGCCCCAACACGGAUGGCAUCCACAUCAGCCGCUCCUUUGGUGUGUCCAUAUCUAAAGCUGUCAUCGGCACCGGAGAUGACUGCAUCUCCAUCGGCCAGGGAUCCAACAAUGUCACCAUCUCCAAGGUCACCUGCGGACCAGGACAUGGCAUUAGCGUCGGAAGCCUUGGCAAGUACCCAGACGAGCAGGACGUAAAUGGGAUCACCGUGAAGAACUGCACUCUGGUAAACACAGACAAUGGCCUGAGGAUUAAAACCUGGCCUGGAUCACCGCCGAGCCAAGCUUCAAACAUUGUGUUUCAGGACAUCAUCAUGGAGAAUGUUAGUCGCCCCAUCAUCAUCAAUCAGCAAUACUGUGCUUCAACAUCUUCCUGCACUAACAAAGAGCCCUCCAAUGUAAAGAUUAGCAACGUCUUUUUCCAGAACAUCAGAGGCACCUCAGCCUCAGAUGUUGCAGUCAAGAUCAACUGCAGCUCAGCCGUGCCCUGCGAAGGUCUUCAACUGUUCGACAUCAACUUGGUGCCUAUAGCACCGACGACGGAUUCCACUACUCCCUCCGCCGUAUGUUCUAAUGCCAAAAUAAGCUUCGGGGGAGUACAGGUUCCAGAGCCUUGCACUAGCAGCAGGUAG